AUGGCGGACAGUUUAUCAAACACGAAGUGUGCGAUGUGUUGUGAGGACACUGCGAGAUAUUGCUGUCCCACAUGUGCCAAAAAGACAUGCAGGUAACGGAUUUUGUAAAAUUACGAUCUGUUAGGGAUACAUGCAUGUAUACUAGCUUGUUUCAAGACAAGAAAUGAGUAAGAUCCGUCUGAAUGUAAAGAAACUUACACGAGGAAGGAUUUGUUAUUUUUUCGGCUAGAAACUGAAUUUGUCAAUAAAUAGAUAAAAAAAUUGCUGACCUUAUUCUGUGAUAUUUGUAGAAUCACGGUUUUUACUCCACAAAUACUUUAAUAGUUAACUUUAAGUGCAACCAGUUAUUUGUUGUGAUUAACUUCUAGUCUAAGAUGUGUGAAGAGUCACAAGAUGAAAUUUCAGUGUUCAGGAGUACGUUGUAAGACCAAGUUUAUAUCACUUGACAACUUCAAAUGCAGUAACUUACAAUCGGGUGAGUAACCUUCUUUGUCACAAAAUCUUAGUGAUAGGUGAAAUUUUAAAAUUAUUUUAAUUACAUGUGUAUGAAAAUCGCUUGAUAUCACAAAAUGGUUGUGGUGAAUAUUCACGUUACAAAUAGUUCCAGAUGGGCUUCCAUGGUCAUUGAGAACUAUACCAAAAACAAUUGCUCUUCAUGGAUUUUAAGUAAUCUUAAGACUUAACAAGGUACAACAAGGUUUGUUUUUGAAUCAAUCAAAACUUUCAAGUUAGCAUGUCAUGAAAACAAAAAUAAGUUAAACAACUUAUCACCCUUUAUGAUCAUUUCUAUUAUCGUAAUUACCGGUAAGUAUCUAAUGUUAGGGUCAAUAAACAGUGAAAUACAAACCCUGAACCACUUUCAUUUGGAGAAAUGAGUACGGUAAACACAGGGGUAUGAGUGGUUGAUAAAUUAGAGAAGGGAAGUAAAAGUAAAAUAGAUAAUCUACCCUUGCGACCAGAUGCCUCUGACUGUCCAGUUUGUAGAUUGCAUGUUGUAUAUAUGUGAUUCCCAGAAAUUGCUAACAAAUUGCUUCUGCUUUAUAGACCUUGUGUUUUUGGAGGACAUGGACAGACUUGUGAACUCUACAGCACAUCAUAGUCAAAGCAAGUUUAACAGAAGACAUCAGAACUUCCAGGUGGGUGUAGUUUUGUGUUUGAAAGUUAAGUGAAGUUUCCUUGCUGUGCUGAUGAUACCAGGACUUCACUGAGAUUGGUGUCAAGUAUGCAAAAAAUAAUACUUCAGAGUCCAUAUGCAUAGGCCAAACAACUUGCAUUUCAUCACAUACCAUGAAAACAGCAUUCAAAGUCCAAUCAGAACAUACCCAAUCAUUGCACUGCAUGAACAUUGGGCAAUUUUUCACAUGCUUGAAUUGUAUUCCACCAAUCAAAUUCCAUUUUGCCACAUAGGACUUUGCUCAAUCACGUGUCAUUUUCUUGUAAACAACCUGCAUUUUAUCACGUAUUCUAAGUGCAUUGUCCAACCCCACUGAAAAAAAUUCACAUAGAAUUAAAUGCUAUUGAUAUUGUGUUUUCCAUGCAAUCCUCCCACAUUUAACUUUUUCCACAAUUUAGAGUCACUUUAAGUUACCUUGGACUUUACCCAAUUCUGUGUUAAUUCCAUCUAAAACAAGGUCCAUUUUAUCACAUAAUUCACACACAGAGGGUAAAGUCCAGAUAGACAACAACAAAUCAAGGGUCUAUUAGAGGUACAACAAAGUGUCAGUUUGCUUUUCAUAGUAAAAUUACAUGGAAUUAUAUUUUUGAAGUAACUAACCAUAGAUGAAUAAUUUUGAUUUUCUCUCUGUUGGAGGAACAGCAAUAAACGUAGUCUCUUUUGCAAACAGUAUUUGGUCUCGUCACAGAACAUGCUCUCUCUCAAACGGGAAAUAGAGGGCAUGGUGUUACAAGACCAAACAACAGCUGCGAAGGAGACAACAGUAAACAAUAGAGACAGUAGAUCACAUAAUAUCUGUGUGAGUUCAGAUAAAUUAGGUUUCUUAUGUCUUUCAGUGAUAUUUUCAUUUUUUGAAAGUUAUGCUCUUUUCAGCAACAAAAUGAAAAUGUUAAGUACAGAAACUGUCCCACUCAACUCACCCAGCUGAAAAAAUAACUUUAGCGUGCUAGGCAUGCCUAUGUUUAUCGUUAGUAACAAUAACUGGCCUUUUGACAACUUGAGUGAAGGUUGGUUUCAGAUUCAAAUGAAAACUGGUUUGUCUACCUAAUUUUGUAGUUAACUACACAAUAAUGAUCAUUUAGUAUUUUUCUUAACACUUAAACCCGUAAAAAAAAACAAAAAAAGUGCAAUUUAACAAGAAAUUAUAAAUACUGACCUCCACAGCAUGCCCUUUACAAGCUACUGACUGGUAGACUUCAAUGAUUACAUCAUACAGCAGUUAAAAAGGAGGUUUUCAUUUUGAUAGAACUGACUUAAAAACAGAGAAAAAUACUGAAAAAUGUGCAAACUUUUGAAAGUCAUAAGAGUGUCCUUAGACUGUGUCUCAUUCUAAAUUCCUUAUGUUUGGCUGUCUAUGAUCAUAAUUUUACUUCCCUAGGGCAUUCAAUGUAAAAAAUUUGAGUAAAACUUUAUUUAGUCAAACAGAUCUAGAUUUAAUGAGACUAGAAAAGUGAUUCAAUGUGUGCAGCCACCUGUUAUUGUUUAGUAUCAACUUAUGCAGGAGCAGUUUCCCUCUCAACAUCAACAAGUUAUGAUCCCCAAACCAUUUUCUGUUAAUAAUAGAGUGCUUUUCAAUUGAGUAUCAUAAUAAUCACAACAACCAAUCGUGACAAAGGAAAAUAUCCUAAAGAGCUUAUGAAAACUCAAAUUGAAAACAAGCUAACUGCCAAAAACACAGGGAAAUGUAGGUAACCAAGUCAUGAUAGGGUUUUGUUUUGCAUCUGAUUGGUUGAGAGAGAUCAAGAAUCAGAGAACAAAGUUAAGCAAAAUCAAUCCCAUCACUCUUCCUAUUUGUCUGAUUACUCUAAAUUGUUUAGGUUAGGCAGCUUUGUCUUGUAGCAAAGCAACGUGGUGUGGAUUUAAAGAUCUUGCCAAAUGGAAUGUCUAGGAGGAAGGAGAAUACAACAAAUUUUAACAGAAAGUAAGUAACUAAGUAAUAUACAUUACAGGCAAUUUCUUUACUUGCAACAGCUCACUGGAGAGGAUUGCUAUUUACUGACAGAUUGUUAAUAAUUUAUAGUUCCUAGUUUUCACAUUUGACCAUUCACUACAGAUAAGCUGUCAGUUGUGAAUAUGGUGGUAUAUAGGGCCGCACUGCAUGCAUGCUUCCAUGUGCUGCAAGCUCUGCUAUAAUUUUUUAGGUUUAAACUGCUCCACCCUCCACCUCAUUUCUAUGGUCUCAUAGCAGCUAAUCACUCAUCAGCAACUUUGAAAUUUAAGAAUUCUUUCUCUCUCUUCCUAUGUAGAGAAAAGUGCAUAAAGUGGAGAAUUCAGUGGUUAUUCCCUGAAGUUGGAGUGGAAUAUACUGACAAAUGGUUGGACUCUUAGAGAUGUGUUUUACUUUCAAAACAUCUAAUGUCAUGAACUUUCUAUGUUAUAUGAAUUAUACUUUCCAGAUUUGCUUGUAUAUCAUUAUAAUUUUUCCCAUCAAAAGCAGUCUCAUGAGGUACUCCUCUCUUGUUGCUUUCUUUUUUGGUGAUACAAAUGGAUUGCAGUGUUUCAGAGCAAGAAAGUUUAGGAGAUGCCCUUAGAAAGUAUAUAGACCUUGAGAAAGCAGAUGCUGUGUACAAACAAAGGUAGUGUACUGUAGUUGGCCAAAAGAAAGUAUAUAAUGUGCAACUUACUACCCCACUUACACAUAGCUCUGAAACAAUGUUUUUUAUAGAUGAAUCAGAACUGGUCUUCUGAAAGGUCAACAGAUUUAUGCUUUUGGCUGAAAGAUAUCUUGACUUGCAGUUCAUAUUUUGCACAAUCCUUAGCCUCAGGGAUUAUCUUCCAAUAAACCAAGUACUAGAAGAAGCUUAUAAGUAUGUUUAUUCAUUCAGCUAUUUCACACUGAGAUAUGGCCACCUGAUUGUAAAUCACAAAAAAGUCCAAAGAUUAGUAUACAAGUGUUAUAAUUAUAGUAAGCAAUUUCAUUGCCAUCACUCUAAUGUUUUAUUUUAAUAGUUUAAAGAAGUAUUGUGAAGUUGGAACCCAAGGAGUAUGUGUGUUUUUAAAAAAUGAGCUUGUUCCUGGAAGAGAAAUGAGGUAAAGUUAAGUUUCAUGUUUAAGUUCCUUUCCAGUCACAUUCAAGCUUUUUGUUAUUGACACAAUCAUAAAAUGUAAUAGUCAAGGAUAUCAAUUUUAAUCAUUUAUUUCUAAUUUUAAUCUCUGAUCAAAGUACAACCCUUAUCGACUUUUCUCGAAUCUCACUGCUUCCUUCUAAAUGGUGAGUGUACUCAACGUAUUCCAAUUUUAUAAUUGCCAAUAUUGACGAAAGGAAAAGGGGUAAAAGGAUUGUAGCUUAACAAAAAAGAGUUAAGUUUUUUUUUCAAUUGUUUUUUUUUUAAGUCUAGUUUAGCUUUAAGCAUGACUUUUCAUCGUGAUUUUAUUAGCAUAUUCUCGCCCUGAAAAUGGUCUUCAGAUAUAGGAGACCUUGGCACCUUAGAGAAACCCUUUUAGCCAAGAUUAGAACAAACAAGAAUUUUGUAUCUUGUAUAUUACUCAGUUUCCUUUAACUGGAAACUCUUCAUCUCGCGCACGCAUACAAUUUUGGUUUUUUCAUUCCGGUUCGCGCCAGGUCAUUCAGUUCUCAACAAAGAACAACAGUCGGUCUCACCUCAUUCUCGGUCAUUUGAAAGAAAAAUCCGAUUAUAUGACUUUGCAUUGAUCCUUUCUUCAGUAGUGAAAGACCUCAAAUUUAAACUGACAAGUUUGAUUUGUGUGAGAACAGUCCGGCGCGUCCAUAAAAAAGCCACUGCAGCAAAUUAACAUCAAUAAGAUAGCAUUUUUUCCUAUCAUGUAAUUAAUGACCGUUGUGUCCAUUAUCACCGCGCGAAGAUCCACAGUAACUGUUGUUAAAAAUAAUAGGCAAAGUGAGACCUUAUUUCUAACUGUAUCUACUUGCCCACAAGGCACCGAGAGAAAUCCUACCACAACUUUUCAUUUGUACUGGAGACCAUGUCCACGUUUCCUUGAUUGGUCACAAAUAGCGUUCCAGGUCUCCAUAUUGGCUUUUCGCUAUUUUGGAGUAAAGGUUACUUUAUUCUGAUUCCUUUCCAGGUAUCACCAGCUAGAUAUUUCACAGACUUUGAAAAGUUGUUUGAACAAGAAGACUAUUAUUGAAUUCCCCACUUUACAUGUUGUACUCCAUGAGAAAACAGCAAGCUACCCCACUGGCAGUCAGCACAUCGAUGAUGUGUGUGCGGUUUGAUUUUCUGCAGAUACUGAACGUUGUGAUGAUUUCUUGUUUCCGACUUUCUUUUGUAUGUUAACGUGCUUUUGAGACGAGAAGAAUAAAUAGUUUUCAGAAAACGCC